AUGGGGGUACCCAAAAAAUACCACUUGCUGUUAUUCUUCCUUCGUGCGUCGAGCUUAGUUCCUGCAUCAUACGCCUGCGCAAUGUUUCUAUAUGGAGUCGAUGAUUUGUCGACGCAUUAUGCCAAGGGACUGGCAGUGAAAAUUACUUGGAUAGAUUAUCUUAUUGCUUGCAUGUGGUGCAUGCUAGCUGGACUCUGGAGUUAUUGGUUAGCUGACUCGCUCAUGCGUCGCUGGAUAUUCUACUACAAAGUAAGCAGUGCAAUAAUCCGUCUGAUUUCACUCCAAGCAAUAAACUGGGUCGCUACUUCCUACGUGGCUUCUCAUUAUGGUCCCGAUCAACCAGUUUGGACAUGGAUCGUAGUCAGUUGCAUUCUCGCUGUAGCCAAUAUUAUUCAAUGGCUGUUCUUAUCCACCGGACAUCAUCACGAACCCGCAACUAGCCGCUCUACUGUCUGGAAGGAUAUUAUGAAAUUUAUACUCAUACCAUUGUCCAUUGUUUCGUUCCUGACUAUGGUUGCACUUCUUGAACAAGAGGCGACACUAAGAUAUCCAGCUCGAUUUUCUCAAGGAGGUUACAGGCUUUCUACGAAUUUGACACUCGACGACUUUCAAUCGACGUCUCGAGUAAAAGUACUUAUGGUUGUCCUAACAUCUUGGACUGAAAGCGGUUUUCAUAAACGUCAAAUGUUUAGAGAGAGUUCGGCCAAACUCAUACCGCCCCAUUCGGAUCGUAUAAGCGUUGCUUAUAGAUUUAUCGUCGGGUCUCCGACAUCAGUAAAAAAGCGCAAGGAGUUGGGUGAUAAACUCAUGACUGAGAAUGAACAGUACAAAGACUUGGUUAUUGUGCCGGCUGGUGAUUCGUACGAAGAACUGAGUCAUAAAGUUUACAAGGCAUUUGAGUGGACUAACGGUUUUGCGUUUGAUUACAUAGUGAAGACUGACGAUGAUAUGUUUGUGAGAAUGGACGUUGUCACUAGAGAGUUGGAUGAGUUGGGACCGAUGAGAAAAUAUUAUUGGCGAGGACUUGGGUAUUGGAAUAUCCCCCCGAUUCAAGAUUCGUCAAACAAGAAUGCCGCAUUCGACUACAAACUUCCAUUAUUCCCGCCAUUUACUGCUGGCGCCUUGUAUAUACUUUCGCGCGACUUAAUAUCUUUAAUUGUAACCGACACCCCGCGUGUUUUCACCAAAAACGAAGAUCAAAAUCUGGGCAUCUGGCUUUUCCCAUAUAAUAUUCAACCUAUUCAUGACAAGCGCAUACAACAAGCCGACGUUUGUGAGGACGAUAUGAUUGCAAAACAUUUCAGCGACUCGUACGGUAUCACGCGGUCAAUGAAGGACAUGUACGAAAACGUGAUAAAUAGGAGGAGAAUGUGCGAAGGGUUUACACAAACAUAUUGCGCUUUGUGCUAUUCAUGUGGUGGACGGGUGAAUCAUUGGAGGGAAUGGGGCUUUGAAUGUGAUGAUACUAAAGGGAUCACGUUGCUCAAUCAACCAAAGCUGUUUCUUCCAGAUGCGGCAUAUGCUAUCAAGUUAUUUGAUAGAGAGAAUAUGACUAUCGGAAGUAAGGAAGAUGAGUGGAUAAUAGAAGGACUUUUGUCGAAGCAUUCAUCAAUAUAUUCUGAUACUGAACAGUGGUAUUUGCUUCAUUGGAUGCUUUGGGUGACUGAUCAAUCGACAUUCCUAGAGCGUCAUUAUAAAACAAUAGAAAUGAUAUGGGUUCAUACACCCAAUGCUGUCAUCUUCGUAGUCAGCACUACUCUUCCAUCGGAUUUCUUUUCUCAUUAUCAAAAGCAAGGUUAUCAAAUUCACGUUAUAAAAAUAAGCAAGGACCUGUUGAUCGAGCGCCAAUGGUAUUUAGGAUGGAAUUCUCGCGAUUGGCUUAAAUACUGGGACAAAUGGCAAAAUUCACAAUUUUUCGUUUAUCAUAUGGCUGACUUUGUGCGAUAUGUUUUAUUAUACAAAUACGGGGGAAUGUAUAUGGAUAUGGAUGCCCUCUGGAUACACGCUCCGCCCGACAAUCAAAUGGAAUUUAUUGGAUCCGAUUAUUCUAGUGUAGACGCUGAUAGAGAAUGGACACUUGACGAAAAGAAUACUUAUCUGGCUAAUGGUGUAAUGAGGCUUCGUAAGGGACGAGCUAUGCUUAGAGAAAUUACCGAGAAAGCCUUAGAUCCUUCCAAUUAUUCGGUUUAUUGUUUUAAUUGUGUUGGACCGCGUGCCUUGACUAUGUAUGUUAGGGAUAAUAGGAAAAUUCUUGAACAGAGCGGUCUGGUCAUUCUCCCAAAUUAUAUUUUAUACCCAAGAGACUAUCUUAAGAUACCUACUUUGUUGAAGCAGGAUAAUAAAGCAGCCGCAGAACUUGGAUCUAUUGGAAAAAGAUCGUGGAGCAUACAUUUGUUCGGCAAGAUGACUAAUCACUUGGUUAUAGAGAGUGCGAGUGUCGUUGGAUUAACUAUAAAGAAAUUUUCUCUUGAUAUUCCACAUCCACCAGCCCCGGAAACAUCAACAAGCAAGCCAGAUACUAAGAACACGCGCAAAUCAUAUCCAUUUACAUUAAGUGGACCGAAAACGUACAAAUAUACACUUCAAAGGAACAACAAUAAAUUUGCUGGAUCUUUUAAUGGUCAAUUCAAUGGGUUCGAUGCCAUAUUCCUUAGAGGUGGUACGGGUAAAUGUAAGAAAGCAACGAUAAGCAUAAACGCCGCUGUAGGACGAAUGUCAUUUGGUCAUCUUGGCGGGAUGUGGAGCAACACUACUAUAACCAUCGAUGGGGCAACAAAGAAGGAUGUUAAUGCUAUAUUGAAUGGUUUGACGUAUCAUCCAAAUGAAUUGUUGAAACCUGGAAAGGAUAAAGUUACGGUUGGAAUUGAGUUUGAUGGUCAUUUGGCGUCUAUUGAGAUUGACGUGUUGGUGCCUCAGAUUGAUAUCGGGAUUUAA